AUGUUCUUAUCACUGAUUCAGCUUCUGCUUCACGUGGUCCACUUUGCUGUCUCAAGUUCUUUCCAGAAGCAAGUAUCCAAUAUAAAGGAUACUCCAGAGGCGCCUGAAGAUGCCGUUGAACAGUUGGAGGGUCAUGUAAAGCUACCAGAGUACCCUGCCGCCUUGGAAACUCUUGAAACACCCGUCGAAGAAGCGCAAGAUACUCUGACGAAGCAGGAUUCGCAUCCUAAAGAUAUUGCGUCCUCUUUUGACGAAGCUGCCGAAAAUAUUGCUCCAUCAGAGGUUGUCUUGACAUCUACCUCCAAGCUCGAUCAGAGCAAUGUCGUCGUGGUCGACUCUGAUGGCGAAGUCGAAGUGCUCAAGACUAGAUACUUAGUUAUUGGUAUCGACAAUACGUCAAGUCUUAACCUUGCUCAGCAACCACAUCCCUCUGGAGGAUAUCUAUCAGUCAAUGAAGAGCUGAGCUUUGCACCAGCUACCACCAAAAAGAGUCCAUUUCUCGACCAUGUGAACGAGCAUCUAGAACACACAGUCGAUCCUACAGCAGAAAAUACUCAGACUGCAGAUGAGUUUUCGAGUCAUAGCGCGAGCUUUUCUGGAGCAACAGACAAGGAUGUAGGCAGAGACGUAAAAAUCAGCCAUGCAUACAAGGCCGAAGCAGUCGAAGCAGCCGAUCAGGAGACCGCUGAAGCGACACACAUCAUACACGUCAAAGAAUCUGCAGACAGAUCUGAUCCAGAGGAGGCUAUCAAUAUGUCCCGAAACUUGCCUCCAAAGAGUGAUUCAGUCAUACACGCGGUUGAAGCAUCUGAGGCAGCGCCGGUUUGCCCCUACGAAGUACCCUCAGUGUCAGUAGCUGCCGAACUCAAUCGCGCAGAGUUGGACCAACUAUUGGUGGAUAUUGAAAUGGCCUCCUACGCUGAGAAGUAUGAUUGUCCAGAAAAGGUUAUUGAGUCUGGCAAGCAGCUGGCGGACGCGGGACAGAAGCUAUCAGAACAUACAGGAGACUGUGAGAACAUUUCUUCUCCCAAGAUAUCUGAUUAUGGAGCAGUAAACACCAAGCUGCAAGACGACAACGCUGAGCCGUUGGGGCAAUUGGCUCCAAACAACGAGGAAGAACGGACUUCACUCUAUAACUCUGAAUCCGAACAAUCGGGUGAGACGAGUUCUACAUCAACGAUCCAACGUCAAGAAAAUAUCACGGAACAAGGUCUUUCUUCGCAAGAGUCGGGUGACUGUAUAAAUACUCCUUCCUCAAGCCCCAGUCUGGCCAAUGUUUAUGACACCACUACAGUCACACCUCCAAAGAUGCAAGUCUUUGGAGGCAUCUCUUCAUCUUCAUCUCCCCAGGAUACUUCGAAGCCGAUAGAUUGGAGUGCCUUAGACUGGGCAAUGUCUGGUUUUCCUCGUUUGCCCUCUACAAACGCUUCGCCGAUAAGCUUAUCGUCUCACGCAAAAAGCCCAUCGGCUGCCCCAAGAUUUGAAUUCACGCCUUCAAAGAUUGAACGCGCCCAAGAGAUUUCAAUAUGUGAUGGUGCGCAACAAGAUGGCAAAGCAUCAAAAUCCACAAGUCGGCGUAAUCAGGAGCGUAAGAAGGCAAAGGCAAGGAGAGUGGCGGCAGAGGCAGAGGAACGAGUGAAAGCUACUGAAGCGGGUCAAGCUUCAAAGCAAAUAGCUGAAGAAGAGCUGUCAGCGUUUCCACCACCACCAGAAUCUGAUACAAAUUCGGCUACGUCAGGUCAGCUGAAAGACGCAACAGAACAGAGGAGAACAGCUUCUAGCACCACACCCGAAGCUGAUUUGAGAGUGCGUUCGGAGAAGGAGACGGGCGUUGACAAACCCGAUGCUCCAAAGAAGAAGGGCCCCAAGGUCCUUACCAUUUCUAUGGAUCAAGUUCACUCCGAGAGAGAGAAACCACGUCUGCCUGUAGAUGUCAGCAGAUCCAAGAUUGCCAGCCAAAGUCGAUCCAACGUCAAGCAAGAGACCCUCGAGCAGACAAAGCAAGCAGAGUUUUCGAGUCGCGGAACACUAGCUGUUGAGAUAUCAAAGCGUCCAGCUGUGUCCGCACCCAAGGUGGCUGUGGAGAGGGUCUUAAAAGCCGUCCCAAGCUUGUCCCAGAUGGAAUCCAAUCUGAGGCACCGAAGUGGCACGCAAGUCUCUCUUCAGAAAUUGCAAAGCGCACCGGUAAAGGGCGGUGGGCCAUGGGCACAGAUUGUGAGACCACGCACAGGAGCGCCAUAUCAGCCCAUUACGCAGACACGUGCGCCCAUUGCGCAGAAAAAGGAGCUUGAACAGGCGGACGUGAAAGCAAUGCAGAGCAUCGCCUUAAUUGGUGACGACAAAAAGAUUCGGGAACAGAUACGAGAGGAUGGUGCAUUCGACAUCGUUUCAUAUGCGAAGCCAAAAAAGGGGUUGAAGGCAGAGAAAAACAUAAAAUCGCGAACCCCACCUUCAUGCUCCUUCGAUGAGUCUGAGAGGAGGAGGUACAAGGGUUCAAAUACAUACAAGGCAGGGCGUAUGCUGGGAUAA